AUGGUACUCGAAUUUUGUUUGGGCCUGGUGCAGGGCACUCGCGUGGCCGUGAUCGUGGACUCGUCCGAUGCUAACUGUGUGACCGGACGCCUCUCGGAUCUCAGGACGUCGCUUCUGCAACUGGUGGAUGAGCAGCUAUGCUACAGGAAGCAGCUGUACCUGCUGAGCUGUGGAAGCAAAGAGAAGCCACUGUGGGACACGGUUCGACACGUCAACUUGCGCAUUGUGAACGAGGCACGGCAGUGGGCGAACGAGCUGGCGGGCAGCGGAGGAAGCAACGUGCUGGCCGCGGUUAAACGGGUGCUGUGCGCUCCCGACGUCUCCUCCGUGCUGCUCGUCCUGGGCUCGUGCCCUGACCAGAGUCCCGAGCUGGUGUGUGGCUACGUGGAGGAGAGUCUGCUGGGCAGGAGUCUGCCCUUUCAUACGGUGGCCUUCGACUGCAGCAGCCACGACGCCCAGACGCUGCUGGGACGGUUGGCCAAGAUGACAGGAGGCCGGUACCACUGUUACAGCUCUGGCAGUCAGGAGGCGAUGUACAGCAGCACAGACAUUAAGUUGCUCGUGCAGGAGUCUCAGACUGCGAUGGACAUCCUGGGAAAGAUUAGAGAGAUGCGGCAAGGGAUUCUGGGAGAGACCAUCGUUAGCAUCAUGCAACAGGUAUCCCUGGAGGCGGAGCGGCUGCCAGCAUCGCGCUCGCUGCCACGGCCGCCCGGCCACGAGAGUCCCCUCGUCCUGGCACCGGCCGCCACCUUCCUGCCCAGUACCUCGGUACAGUGGCUUCAGCGGCACGGUCUCAAGGGGCAGAAGCUGGGCCUGUACCAGGUGCUGGCGCCCAACGCGUUCUCCACGCGGCACGGGUUCGUGCCGAUCCUGCAGAAGAGUGUCACAGCCACCGUGCACGCAAAAGCAAUGACGCAGUUCGAAUGGCACAACGGAACGGUGAAAAACAUGCACGUGGAUCUUCCGACGCUCCACAACUACCAAAAGCAGCUGGGCCAGGCCGUGAGGACCUACGAGCAACGCGUCAGCUGGCUGUCGUCCGGGAGUCGUCGCAUCUGGGGCACAGUGUGUGAGAUGAGGCUGGCAGUGCUGGUGGACCUAUCUGAGAUGAAUGCCAAUUACCUGGUGCAUGUCCAGCACUCCAUGCGUCUGCUACUGCAAACACAGCUCACUGGCAAAGAGUCGUUCAAUAUCAUCACCUUCGGGAUGGACAUUCAAGCCUUUCGUCCUUCGCCGGUUCCCCCUAGCCCCGAAAACCUGCAGGCGGCCUGGAGCUGGGUGCUGGAGUGGCGGUGCGGGGGUGGCCGGGACUUACUGGGUGCACUGCGCCUGCUACUGGAGGACCCUGAGGGGCCUCCUGAGGGCAUCUACGUCUUCACCAGCGGCGUGCCCGACCAGGAUCUGGUGGCCGUGUGCGGCUACGUGGAGGAGGCCAACCUGGGCCAGGAGGUGCGGCUGCACGCCUGCCUCUUCAGCGCGGGGGGAAGUGGCAGCGGUGGUGGCGGCACCAGCGGCCCCGCCUGCUACGCCAGCGGCGCGGAGACGGCCGAGGCUCUGCGGGCGUUGGCACGUGCCGGCAGGGGCCGUCUACACUGCUUCAGCGAGCAAGGAAUCACAGACAGCGACGACAUCCAGCUCCUGCUCGCCGAGAUGGAAACGGCCGUCGCUUACUCCCGAAAGUGCGGUGAACUCAUAAAGAGCCUCAAGCAGCGUGCAGGCCGCCCCCUCUCGGACGAGGAGGGGGAGGGGGGGCAGGAGGAGAGAUCGGCAGCUGAGAGAGAAACCGAUACAGGGGCAGGUGUGGAGAGAGUGGCGGCUAUAGAGGACAAGAAGAUGCUGGCCCUCAGGGAACAGCGCAGCCCUGCCCGGCUCUCGCAGCCAAGGCCCACGGCUCUCUCUCUUGCCAGGGUGGCUGCGCGAGACGGUGGCGCUGGAGUUGGUGCUGGAGGUGGCUCUGGCAGGGAGGAGCCUGUCUCUGGAGGCCCCCUCGUGGGGGCGUGGCGGCCAGCAAGCGCCCGCGCUGUCAUCCCGGCACGCCCCCCAGAGUGCCCACCCAGAAAAGGGGCCUCUGCUGAUAGACCCAGGAGGAGGAGGGGGUCAGGAGGAGGAGGUGGUAGACGCUUCUGUGGCUCCACGUCCCACAGUGCAUUCUACACGGAGGAUGGAAACCACGUAGGCGUUGUGUACAAGAGCUACGCGCAGAACCGCAGUGUCAGGAAGGCCGUCCCGGACGUCACUCUCCCGCCAGGGGAGGACGCUCUCUCCUCCAGCCAGUGGCUCAAGAGGUUUGGUUUGAAGAAGCUACGUCUGGAUGUGGAGAGGCUCAUGUUGGGACUGGACUGCCACCACCGCCAGACCGUCGUGCGCUCCCUUCGCAAGAGCAUCUCCGCCAAGUACUGCAGCAUCUUCCCCAGCGUGCGCAUCAAUGGCAAAGUGCGGCACCUGCAGUUUGGGCUGCACGAGCUGGAGGAAUACGCGGAGGUGCUGCAGCGGGUCCUGCGGCGCUAUCUUGCACGCCUCCACUGGCUCCUGUCCGGCAGCCGUUGCGUGUUCGGCGUGGUGCUGGAGGCGAACGUGUGCCUGCUGAUCGACGUGUCCGGCUCCAUGACGCCUCACCUUUGCGAGCUUCAGCAGGAGCUCGCCAGCCUUGUCUGGGACCAGCUGCGCCACCACUGCACCAGGUUCAACAUGAUACGGUUCUCGGGUGACGUGGCGUGCUGGCAGGAGCGGCCGGUCGAGGUGUCGGACGAGUCGUGCCGCGACGCCGUGCGCUGGGUCUCCUCCCUGGUGGCGCACGGCGGCACCGACACGCUGGGGGCGCUGCGGGCGGCAUUCUCCCAGGAGGGCGUGCAGGGACUCUACGUGGUGUCGGACGGCCGCCCGGACACGAGCGGAGACCUGGUCCUGCAAGAAGCGAAACGCCUCGGUGGGGAGCACGGCUCCAUCACCAUCCACACCGUCGCCUACCACUGCCACGAUCCGUGUGCGCGCCACUUCCUGCGUAGGCUGGCCGUGUGCUCAGGCGGCCGAUUCCACUCGUGGCCGGCCCCCGCGCCGGACGCCCAACUGGCCGCUCACCGCAUGCUCGCCGGAGGCUUCAGCGACGAACACGAUCCCAUCCUGCCUGCGUUCGAGGGAGACGACCUCAGGAGGCUGGCCGACGAGAUUGCCCGCGCGCGUGCACACCUCACCCAGGCGCGCGGCUUUCAAGUCCUUCUGCACGAGAGACGGACAAAUGAAACCCCGGCUAAGGAUCGACAUGCGCACACAGAGGGCUGUGUCAACCCACAGAAGGAAGCGUCUGGGAGGGGACGGGGGGCAAGAAAGGUGGAGUCUCCGAAGGUCACCCGGCAUGAAAAUCAAGUCACACAUUGAUUUCUGCAAACCCACACCAUCCAUAUAUAGAUCCAUCUCUCCCAGCGCACAUGUAAGGCUCACGGCAGGUUCAUGUACAUUUGUAAAUUUGUUUUUGUGUUUUGUGCGUGUGUGUACUACACGUAGGGCGUCGCGGUGACGAGAUGUUAGCUCCCUCGCCUGGUAUAUGGGAAGUCGUGGGUUCGAUUCUGACCCUGACGCCUGUA